AUGCUUAAAUCAAUAACUAACUCUUUUUGUUUUUUAAUACUACUCAUCCUAUUAUAUUUUAUCCUACACCCACAAUUAUCUAUUAUCCAAUCAAUAACCUUAUUAAUAUUAUUUACAGUCUAUACUUGCCUUUCAUUAAGGGCUUUCUUCACUUUUUCACUUUACUCAUUCCUAAUUUUUUUAAUGAUUAUUGGAGGAUUAAUAAUUUUAUUUAUAAUAUUUCUUAGUCUUAUCUCAAAUCAAUAUAUACCCUCAAAAUGAAAAAGCUUAUUUUUACCAAUAUCUAUCAUUCUACCUCUUUUAAUUAUAACAAUUAUCUCACAAGAACCAUCAUUAAUAAACUUAAAUAUAAAUUAUAUUAACAUAUCUGUUAAUUAUUUAUUUAAUAAUAGAUCAUUUUUAAAUUUAAAUAUACUAUUAAAUCUACCCUUCAAUUUUUAUGUUAUUGCUCUAAUAUUUUUCCUCUUAUUUAGUCUUAUUUUAAUUACAAAAAUUUGUUUAAUUAAUUCAAAACCUUUACGAACAAUCAAAAAAUAA